AUGACACUAGAGGGAAUAGAAUGGCGCUUUAACCCCCCGGCAGCGCCACAUUUUGACGGCUUAUGGGAAAGGGCUCUGAAAAGUGCUAAGCAUCAUUUUACCCGAAUGAUAGAGAAAGCCAAAUUGACCCUAAGUGAGUUGAAUAUGUUGCUGUGUCAGAUCGUAGCUUGUCUUAACUCUUGGUUCAUAAAUCCUAUGAGUAGUGAUUCUUCCGACGUGGACGCAUUUACACCGGCUCAUUUUCUUAUUGGGGGAACGAUGACUCUUCCUCCUAAACCGGACUUGUCAAACGAAAAUAUUGGUCAUCUACGAAGGUGGACAUUUAUGUACAAUUGUUGGUGCAGACGUUUUGGCGUAGAUGGUAAUUGGAAUAUUUGCCACAAUUUCAACUAA